CCCUGGAUCUGCCUGCUAGCAUUCAGAUCUUUAAAUAGACAGCUAUUUUCAUGCAAAAGCAUAACACGCACAUACAGGCACCUCACACCUCAGGGGGUGGUCGUAUAUGAUUCGAGGGUUAAAUGGCCUGACAACACUUAGGACGCCCUGUGGUGAGUAAAUCUGAGGUGAAGGAGCCUGAGACUAAAAUCACUUGUGUGAUUCAUUCUGCUAUGUUUGACUUCGUGAACACCGAGAACUUGCUUGGAAAUAAUCCUCUUACAGCUUCCCUCAAAGAGUAAGGCCACAUGUAAGACUAACAAUUAUAGGGGGAGAAGACGUAGCUGCAAACUAUUUUGUUUUUGACUUUUUGUACUCUAUAUUUUUAAUAGAGUAAAAGUUGUCUCUUUCGGGUGGAAAUCUAGUGUGUUGCCCCAGAGGACUGCCUGAACCCUAUAUAGACUAAACAAUGCCAUAUACAUCCAAACUUCCCGCCUCCUGGAAUGAUACACCACCUACCCGGAAAGUGGAAAUUGACCUGAGUUCACCUGGAUUAGCAGUGUUUGAGUUGGAAAGACUCUUGUUUACUGGUAAAACCAUCAUAAGCCAUGCAGAUGAAGUGUGGCCAAGGCUUUACAUCGGUGACCAACACAGCGCAGAGAACCGGGCUGAUCUAGCCAUUCAUCAUAUCACUCACAUCCUGAAUGCAGCUCAUAGUAAACGUGGAGGACAGCCAGAUAUCUAUACCGGCAUGGAGAUAACCUAUAUGGGCAUAGAGGCUCAUGACUCCAUUACUUUUGAUAUGAGUGUCAACUUCCAGGCAGCAGCAGACUUCAUUCACAGGGCUCUCAGCAGAGGAGGCAAAGUGCUGGUGCAUUGCCAUGUAGGAGUGAGCCGCUCCGCCACCCUAGUCCUGGCUUACUUGAUGCUGAAGCAGAACUUGACUCUUGUGGAGGCUAUUUGUGCUGUGAAAGAAAACCGGGGCGUUAUCCCUAACAGAGGUUUCCUCCGACAGCUCAUCCGACUGGACAGGCAACUCUUUGGCAAACAUCACUGAAGCCU